AUGGCACCAGUCCGCCUCACCCCUCAGGACCGAGGUCCUCCCAGAAGGUCCUGUGAAGAAUGCAAAUGGCCGAAAAAGCGAUGCUCUCGCGAUAGGCCUCACUGUUCUCGUUGUCAAACUCAAGGCAAAGAAUGCAGAUACAUCGAAGACAUCGAUCUCACGACGGAAGCCGACAGUUCAAUCAUAGAGAGCAGGCUGGAUGCUCCUGCUACAAACGCUCAUGCAUUUUCUACACCAGGUCCCUCGAUCGGUUCAACUUUGCCUGUCAACUCGGGUUUGUUUAAUCUUGGGAUCUCGUCUGUCUACCACACUGCACCGAGUCAACGUUCCCCAGCGGAGAACACUACUACUCAGAAUACUCUAAACUUUGAGAAUGUCACUCUACUCCCGAUGCUGGAUGCUGAGGAGAUUCGGGACCGCUGGUUAAAGCCACACCUAAUGACUGGAACUGGUCAAGCACCCAAGCACUUCCACGUCUUCACUGUUCAAUACCUGUCUUGCGUGUUGCGAUCGUACCCCGGCCAGCUCCUGGAAGAGAACAUCAUCCCGCCAUUCAUCCACCCGAUGCAAUUGACCCGCCAGCCCGUUCCCCCCGCCUUGGCCAAUUGUUCAUCCAUCGUACGGCUGUGGAUGAAUCGAGCUCCGGGCAGCGAGGAAUUAGUCCUCAUGACUUUGAAGAACGAGAUUGAUCGCUUGGUCGCCCAGAAACAGUCAAUCGGCGACUUCGAGCUCCUCUGCUCCUUCCAAGCCCUCCUCAUCUACAUGAUAAUGGCCUACUUCUUCCCAAUGAGCGAUACCACCCUCCUCGGCGAAACCGACAUCGCGACACUGCAAGAACUCGCCUUCUACUCGGCAAAACGAGGCCUUGCCUGUCCAGCCGAGAGCAAGCAAACCCGUCCAGACUGGGAAUCCUGGAUCGUAGCCUCUGCCAAACGACGCACUCUGGUUGCCAUAUACCUUUUCAUCAACAUCUACAAUGCAUCCAAGGACAUGCCGAGUUUCGUGUCGAAUGAGUUGGCGGAUGUCCUUGUCCCCCAGGGCAAAGCGUUGUGGUUGGCGUCUGAGCGGGCGGGCUGGGUGACGGAGUACAAUCGUCAUUUGGCUAAGUGGGAAGAUGGCAUGUUGGAGGUUGCCGAGUUGUGGAGGGCUCCUGGGGUUGGGGUGCAGACUGAGAAGAGACGGGAAAGGAUUGAGAGGUGGGUUAGGUCGGCGGAUGAGUUUGGGAUGAUGCUUUUUGCGGUGACGGCACAUUUGCAUGGGUGUUGA